AUAGAGCACUAUAGUUUAACAUUGUGUAAGAAAAUACAAUGCGUACGCGUUUCUGUUUUACUGCCCCUGCUUCUACUGUGUGUUUUUUUAUUGUGAGAAGUUUUCCUCUCACUUGCUUAAAAAGAGGAGUAGAAAACAAAGCCACAGAAACCACUUUGUAUGACUCAUAGGUUCUUACAAGGUACAAACUGCACUGAGGCGUAAAAGACAUUGAGUUAAUUGGGUUUUCCCCUUCCAGUUUUCUUUCUUCAUGUUGUAUAUUUUUGCUGCAACUGUAAGCCGAUGUAUCUUCGACCAGUUUGCAUGGACACAACUUAGAUCAUUGGCUUUUCAUGAUGUGCCCAUGUAUUCACACUGUAAGAUUGUAAAUGAGUCACGUGGUGGUUGUUGUGCUAGUGGUAUAGACUUGUACAUUUGAACUGUUUUUAUAAAUGGGUCAGUCGUGCCUUUCACGUUAUGAGUGUAAAUAGCUUGAUCAAGGAGAGGUAAUUUACGCUUAUAUAGUUCGGUCAUGUUAUUCUAUAUAAUAAUAUUCAAGCCUUUGUAGUUUCUUUCCUUGUCUUUCAUUCAUUGAUUCAUAUGGUAAUUAAUAUGCACAAGCACAAUGAUCAAUGGACCAAAGAAUAUAAAACAAGUUUGCUUUUUUAGAAAAAUGUUUAUUUCAUUGUAAAUAAGUUAAAGUGUAGUAUUUGUUAAUGUAUGACAUGCUAUGCAAAAUACAGCAGUCAACAUGAAUGGCAAGAAUACCUCAACAGUGGGAAAAUUAAGUAAAGUUGACCCACAUGGAUUUGAAAGGGGCGAUGACUUUGAUUAUGCAACAUAUGAACAGUUUGAAUCUGAAUACCUCACUGUAUUAGCACACCGGACCAUGCGUUGGGAUAAAAUGAUGAAAAAUGGAACAAAAAUGAAAAUAACAGAUGGAGGGGCAGUUAAAAGAUUCUGCAGAAAAGGCAUCCCAUCAAGCUAUAGACCAAUGGUUUGGAUGAAUCUUAGCGGAGCCCAAGAAAAGAUGGGAAAUAGUUUAGAUUUGUAUGAAAAAUUACUCGAAACAGGUUGCUCAAAUGAUCUUGAAUUGAUUGAAUUAAUCAAAACUGACCUGGAUCGAACUUUCCCUGAUAACGUUUAUUUCAAUUCUAAAAUGGGAGACGACAAACGACAAUCACUCUACAACAUUCUGCUUGCUUAUGGAAGAAGAAGUCCCGAAGUUGGUUAUUGUCAGGGAAUAAACUACGUAGCAGCAUUAAUCUUGCUGGUUGUAAAAGAUGAAGAAAAGUCAUUUUGGUUGCUGAGCACGUUAUUAGAUGAUAUAUUACCUCAUUACUACACCAAAUCAAUGGUCAGUCUCAGGGCGGAGUUUAAAGUAUUAGAAGACCUUGUAAGGCAAAAAUAUCCUGAAUGUCAACAAGUUAUGGAUGAAGCAAAAGUCCCGUGGAUGCUCGUUGCUUCAAAGUGGUUUAUUUGUCUUUUUAUUGAUGUCAUUCCUAUUGAGACAGUACUGAGGAUAUGGGAUUGCCUAUUUGUUGAAGGGUCAAAGAUUUUGAUGAGAGCAGCACUUUGUAUUAUACAUAAGAACCAAGAGAAGCUAAAAGCUUGUAGAAAUAUGCCAGAGAUUGUAACUUUGUUUAAAAAUAUUCAAAAUGAUACUGCUAUGCUUCGUUGCCAUGAUUUUAUGAAGAAUUGCUUUGAAACCACCAACCCGCUCUCAAAGUCAGAAAUACGGAAGCUCAGAGUAAAACAUACAGAAACUUUAAAGCAAUAAGAUUCAGUCUUACUAAUGUGGUUUUAUAUAAUUUUAACUUUUAGUUUUCAGUGGUUGUAACUUUUAUGUUGGUUUUAUUUUUAAUGUGCAAUUUUAAAUACAUCUUUAUAUCUUCAUUUAAUUUAAGAAUAAUUAUUUUUAUUCUUUUUUAUAUGUAAUUUUUUCAUAUGUAAUAUUAAAGAAUUUGAAGUAUGGUGCUUUAUUAAUGUCGGAUAUUUUAACUAUAUUAAUUGUCGUCUGUGGGACUUGUAUUUUCUUGUGCAAGACCCUUGACAUUUAUUGCUCUAAAUUCCUACCAUAAAAAGGCAGAAACCAGUAACUCACAAAGUUAUCUACAUGGUAACUCCAAACUCAUAAGCAGGUAUAUAAGACCAUGUGUUAUAUUGACCGUUUCUCCCACGCCAUGUAAGGAUAAACAAGUGUCUUCGUUCAUUAACUAUUAAACAUUCUCAUUCCAUGU